AUGGCGUUCACUUUCCUCUCUCCUCACCCAGUCUUUCUCUCUCUACGUGGAACCACCUCUUCCUUCUCCUACAAACCGAUUCUCUUCCCAUUCUCCGGUAAUUCCCGAAAUCUUCAAUUAGCGGCGGGACCUGCUCGUCGGAAUUCCUACCCGAACCCUGCAGAUGACGACCCGCCUGAAGCUCCGGAGGAUUCAAUGCACGGAGUAUCGAAAUUUCAGCAGAUACAGCGACAAGCUGCUCGAGCACGGAAGCUAGAGGAAGAAGAUUUCGAGAAGAAUCGGAACACUUACCUCUCCGCCAUCGCCGAUGCGGAGGACGCGCCGGAGACGGGACGCGAUGACGUGGAAUCUGGAGGCGAUCUGUUCUCAGAUAUCGAUAGAGCGAUAUCCAUGAAACGUAGCGAGUUCGUUAAGAAAGGGAUGCUUCCACCCAAUCCUCCCAAAACGGCGUCGGAUAAGAAGAGUGAAGAGGAAGAUGGAGAAGAAGGUGAUGUUAGUGACGUUGUCGAUGAGCUUGACGAAGAAGAAGUUGUAGAUUUGGAUGAAAUCGAUAAACUAACUGGAUUAACCGAAGUUUCCGACGAAGAUGAUUGGAUGGAUGACGAAGGGAACCCUAGGAUCAACAAGAAGAAGGAAAUCGGAUCCGAUCAUCAAUUCGAGUUCGAUUUGGAUGAUUUCGGAGCUUCCAAAGCCAGAAUCGUGGAACCUAAAUUCAAAUUGAGCUUAGCCGAGCUUUUAGACGAGAGCAAAGUUGUACCGAUCUCAGUUUACGGCGACUUAGACGUGGAAAUCACCGGAAUUCAGCACGACUCGCGAGGCGUGAGCGCCGGAGAUCUCUUCGUCUGCUGUGUAGGAAGCGAAAACGAUGGAGAUUCCUUCUUGAGCGAAGCUGAUAAGAGAGGAGCAGUGGCGGUUGUAGCGAGCAAAGAGAUUGACAUUGAAGAGACCUUAGGCUGCAAAGCGCUCGUCAUCGUUGAAGACACUAACGCAGUUUUAGCAGCUUUAGCUUCUUCCUUCUAUAGGCAUCCGUCGAAGAACAUGGCGGUGAUCGGAGUCACCGGAACAAACGGGAAGACGACCACCACGUAUCUGAUCAAAAGCCUCUAUGAAGCAAUGGGUGUGAGAACAGGAAUGUUCACCUCAGUUUCUUGCUAUAUCCAUGGAGAUAACAAAUUGGAUACGCCAAAUGCGAUUACGAAUCCUGAUGCGGUUUUGGUUCAGAGCUUGAUGGCGAAGAUGUUGCACAACGGCACUGAAGCUUUGGUUAUGGAAGCUUCUCCUCAAGAACUCGCUUUAGGGAAAUGCGAUGAGGUAGAUUUCGACAUUGCGGUUUUCACUAAUUUGGCAAGAGAGGAUACAGAUUUUCUUGGUAGUGAUGAAGAGUACAGAGAUGCAGAAGCAAAGCUGUUUGCAAGAAUGGUUGAUCCUGAAAGGCACAGGAAAGUGGUGAACAUAGACGAUCCAAACGCGGCGUUCUUCGUCAAGCAAGGGAACCCUAACGUUCCCGUUGUGACGUUUGCAAUGGAGAACACGAAAGCCGACGUUCACGCGUUGAAGUUUGAGCUUUCCUUGUUUGAGACUCAGGUUUUGGUUAACACACCUCAGGGGAUACUUGAGAUCUCUUCGGGUUUGUUGGGACGGCACAACAUUUACAACAUUCUUGCUGCUGUGGCUGUUGGGAUCGCUGUUGGAGCUCCUCUUGAGGAUAUUGUUAGAGGCGUUGAGGAAGUCGAUGCAGUCCCGGGGAGGUGUGAGUUGAUUGAUGAGGAACAAGCUUUUGGUGUUAUUGUGGAUCAUGCUAACACGCCUGAUGGCUUGUCAAGGCUGCUUGAUUCGAUUCGAGAGCUUAAACCGAGAAGAAUCAUUACCGUUAUUGGUUGUGAGGGUGAGAAUGGGAGAGGGAAGAGACCGGUUAUGACGAAAAUCGCUACUGAAAAGAGCGAUGUGACGAUGCUGACAUCUGAUAAUCCAGGGAAUGAAGAUCCAUUGGAUAUUUUGGAUGAUAUGUUGUCUGGGAUUGGGUGGACGAUGCAAGAGUAUCUGAAACACGGCGAACACGAUUACUAUCCGCCUUUAGCAAAUGGGCAUAGACUCUUCCUUCACGAUGUUAGACGUGUAGCUGUGCGUUGUGCUGUUGCAAUGGGUGAAGAAGGCGACAUGGUUGUUGUAGCAGGGAAAGGCCAUCAAGCGUAUCAGCUUGAAGGUGACAAGAAAGAGUUCUAUGAUGAUCGAGAGGAGUGUCGAGAAGCAUUACAAUACGUUGAUGAGCUUCACCAAGCUGGAAUCGACACAAGCGAGUUUCCAUGGCGGUUACCAGAGAGUCAUUAA